UAUAUGCAUGCACAGAAUGCAUGUCAUGUGCAGUUUGUUGAUGGUGAAGCCCGCUGAAUGAAUGGACUGGAAGUGAAACUGAAUUCAGUGAAAGAGUUUUUAUUGUGAUUUCUCCAGCUGAGACUGCAACAUCAAUUUGCAAGGAUCGAACGCUCGGGAUGCACAUGUCUAAGACGGAGCUAUCUUAGCUCUUAUACCGUAUGUCCAACUUCACUGGAUUUUGACAAUUUCUUGCCGUAUAACGAGUAGUUUUUGAGGAUUGCAAUCAUUUUCGCUCCCCAUCUUUGUGUGUGAAUUGGAUGCAGCAAAUAGAGGCGUGGCCGUUGGUCUGCAUGACAUGGUUACCACAUGACAUCUUUCUUGACAUUCGAAUUCCAAACGAAGUGCAUCAACAAUGCUUCAUUCUCAUCAAUUGAUACAUAGUGAAAACUAAGGUAGCUAUAAUUCCUUCCUCAGAAGUUUACUGGACUACUGAUCUUAUUCUGAAUAUUAAGGGAUUAAUUGUAAAAGAACAUGGAUGUAAAAAAUGCACUGAGCUUGUACCGAGAUAAAGGAGCCUCAUUUGACACCGAUUUCCAUGGCCGAUGGCUCCGGGAGAAUUGGUGGGUAUCGCUGCCCAUCUCAGCUGUCUAUCUCAUCCUUGUCUUUGGAGGUCAACGAUGGAUGGAGAACCGUCCUGCCUACGACCUACGUCGCCCUUUGAUGAUGUGGUCAGCCGCAUUCGCCCUUUUCAGCUUCCUGGGGUUGGUGAAUACAGCGCCAGAUCUGUUACGACGGUUGUUCGUUGAGAAUGGUUGGCACGAUGUGAUCUGCAAAGCCAAUUUCUACAAUGGGAGAAUCGGAAUGUGGGCAUGGUUGUUUCCUAUGAGCAAACUCAUUGAAUUGGGGGAUACGUUUUUCAUCGUGGCGCGUAAGCGUAAGCUGAUCUUCAUCCAUUGGUAUCACCACAUUUUCACUCUCAUCUACUCCUGGUACUCCCAUCAUGAUUAUAUCUCCACUGGACGAUUCUUUGCAACCCUCAACUUUGGUGUCCACGCCGCUAUGUAUGCCUACUACGCUGUGAGCGCCGCUAAAGUCACGAAAAUACCACAGCAAGUGAAGGUCGGGAUCACCGUUAUUCAGCUGUCACAGUUUUUUAUAUCGAUUGCUGUGACGGUACAUACCAUUAUACAGCUUGCUCGAGGGAAUGAGUGUGAUACCCAUGGAGUAAAUAUAGCUUGGUCUGUCGUACUCUAUCUUAGCUUCCUUUACUUCUUUUUGAAGUUCUUUUAUGAGGCCUACAUCAAGCCAAGUAAAGUGAAGAAACUAAAGGAAUAGAGCUCAAUUUUAUCAAGGACAAACAAUUGAAUAUGAAUUAAGCACAAGUUACUACAAAUGUUUUCUGAACAUUUACUUGUGACCUUUGUUCUAAUGCUAUAUUAAAUUUGUACAUAUUUUGAAGGAAGUAAAAGAUCAAAAGAUGAAAAAACUUUGUUUUGAGGAGAUAAAAAAAUCUUCAAUUCUUAAAAUCAAGUCAACCCCCUCUCCCCUUCCACCCCCCCAAAAAAAUCAUGCUGGACUAUAACUUGGCUUUAAGAUAAAAUAUCUUGCAGAAAGCUAUAGAUAGGGGAAGGGGUGAACUCAACGCCUAAAAAAAUCCCUACAGUUUUGCCCGUUAUGCAGAAUUAUUGAUCUUUUUAUUUAGUGGGGAGGUGUUGCAACUUUACCCAUUGGUAUAUUGAUUGAAACUGAAUAUUGUAUUCUUUGUUAUGUAAAACACCUCUGUCCAUGGGAUGUAACUCUCCCCGUCCCUUGGGCAACUGAUCAAUUUUUCUGCAGUAUUUAAAGGGGUUUCAUAUUUGUUUUCAUUAAAAGCCAUAUUUUAGUAUGGCUGAAUUUAGAUAUCUUCAUAUCCUAUUAACAGGUACUUGUCUUCUUGAUGAAAGUGUUUUUUGUAUAAGAUUGAAAAUGACAGCAUAAAAAGCAAAUUCAUUUUAUUUUCUUUUAGAUUUUACAUGCUUAUAUAUGCAAUAUUUAAGGUAACAAACAAACAACAAUCCAUUGUGCAUUUCUCUUUAAAGUGUGUUCCUUUAGAUUUCCUGUGCAUGUAUGAAGUGCCUCUGUAUUAAAGGAGAAAUCAUUUUAGUUGUGUUGCAUAUAGGCCUAUACCCAAAGAACCCAGCAAUGUGCUUGGGAUGGUCAUGUGGAGAUACGGUAGAGGCCGGGUACCAGUAAAAAUAUUUGAUAAAAUUAUUUAGAAGGACUUUGUAAAUGUGCUUGUUGACGCUGUUGACAGUAUUGAAUACAAGUCUUGCCAAAGUAGAUUAAUAGUUCUUAUUAGUAUGGACUUUUAUAGUGUUGUACAUUUUUUAUUGGGUUGGAUAAUUGUCAGUGCAAUCAAUGUUUGAUCAGUGAAUUAUCAAUAUUAAUAUUUUCUGAUAGAGAUACAUGUACAUUUAUUUGACAAACAAGAAGAUACUGGUUGGUUAAAGAUGGUAAAAGACAGUAUGUUUUUCAGAGUCUUACAAUUUUGUUUUACCAUUGAGGUUAACUGCCUUCAAGAGAUACAUACAUUUGUACAAUCUGUAAUCCAAGUACAAAUCAUCAUGACAUGCAGAAAUCUAUUGUAAAAUUUUGAUAUAAAAUAGACAUGUUAUUCAUUUAAUAAGUAAAUAUUGCUCAGAAUAUAUUCAUAAUUAAAAAAAAGAAGAAAACAUAGACUGUGAUCCUCAUUUACAUACUCUGUAUCCUGAUUGUGUCAGUGUAAUUGAUAUUUUUUACUAGCUUCAACAUCUGUUAUUACAGUCAAUACAGUGUAAAUCAAUAUGCUUGUGUUGUACACAUGUACACUAUACAUUGGGCCAUACAUUGCUAUUCAUAUUUAGGCACAUCAGCAUAACUGUUAGGCAUCACUCUCUAAUAAAGAUUCUUGUGUGUUUUUAGCUUAAUCAUUUUCUUUCCUCCUUUUUGGCAAUGUUUGUAUUUUGAGUUCAGGUGAAAAAAAAAUAAUUCUGGACUGGAAUGCUUUUUUGUUGUUGCAAGAAUAUAGUUUUCAGCUCCCCAAAUAGUGCGAAGCUGACUGAAAGGUUAGCAUGUCUCAGUGAAUGACUUAUUUAUGAAUUAUUAUGUCUGGUGAUGUUGGAAAAAUAUGACUUGCCCCAUCUAGCAACAGAUAAAUUUUCCUGUUUGCUUUAUUUGUGUUUAUAGGCUAGUGGAAACAUUUGUCUCAACUCUCAAGGUAUUGAAAUUAGUUCAUGAUAUUCUGUAUGAGGAAUAUGUCUACUGGUUUCCUUGAGACGAUAUUUUGUAAGCAUUUCAUUGGAUAAUUUCCUUGUUUGCAUAGUUGAUGUGACUGGGGCAAUGGUAUUAUGUGUAACACAGGGUUAUAUUGAGUGCCCCCUUUCACACAAAUCACUACUUGUGGAACUAUUUCAGGACAGUAUCACCAACCUUGUUUUAAUUCUUCUUCUUUGAGAUCAUUCCAAAUGGAGAAAGCAACCUCCAGAGGAAUUUUUUUUUCUGUAUUAUCUGUCUAGGAUCAACUUUGUUGGUCAAAAGCAAUCAGGAAAGCUUUGUAAUCAUUUCAUAAUAACACUUGUUGUAAUCGUGUCUAUAAAUGACCAUAAUCUAAUCUUCAUUUGCCAAGAGCAGUCUUAUGUAAAUAUUGUACAGAAUACGUACUACACAUCGUACAAACAAUGUAAUUAGUCAUCAGACGGAUUUUGCCCCUAUUCUUUGCUCUGCCUCUUGAAAAUCAAACAUAUACUUGACAAGUCUGAUUAAGAUUCUCUGUUGAAAUGUUAAAAAGAAAACUUCAGGUAUCUAAACUGCAAGUGUCCUGUUCUGCUUUGACACCCUCUGGGAUGAUCUGUGAUGAAAUAGAACUAUUAAAGAGUAUAGGUCUGAUUUUAAGGAAUGAAUUGGAUUCUACACAUGUACAUGCAUGUAGCUGUCAGAAUUCCUACCACGAUACCACUCUUGCCCAGAAAUACUGGUACAAUUAUACAUGAAUAGAUGAUUGUUGUUGCCAGCCUCAGAGAGAGGCCUCAUAGAUUUAUUUCAUGCUCUUGUGCGUGAUUGCAUAGUCUGUAACAUUGAAAUAAUCUAAAUCUUUGAACACAAUUCAGAGCACUGGGACGAAUAUCUCACAAUAGAAUUGUGAUAAAUGUAAAUCUACAUACUAGAAAUCUUGGCAUGUGAUUGGUUUAUACUUGAUGGUAAAUUUGUCAUUAAAGUUGUGCAUUUGUUGAUGGAUAACUAAGAAAAAUACAUUUUUAAUGAGUGAAGCAAAUUUACAAAUAUCUGGGGAAUAGGCAAAAACAUUGUUGUAUUGCAUCACUAAUUGUUCAAAAUGUUACUGACAGGGUUCAGAUUAUACAACCUUCAUUGAAAUGGGAUUCAUAAAUCCUAGACAGGAAAAUCCAACUAUAUUGAAUGAAUAUGAAUAUUAUAUGAAUAUGAAGUAUGAAUUCACUCAGGAAAUUGUUUGCAUUGGAAACUGAUUUACAGGUCAUUGUUUUAAUGUACAUCCCAAUUCAAAUCGAUCCAUGCCCCAAUGACCAAUCACUUUCUACAUGAUUAUUUUCCAACCUAUUCACAUGUAUGUAGGCCUAUGUAUUCUGGCUGGUUUAUAAGUUGUGAGAUUUUUCCUGUUUUGUGAUUGGCUGAGAAGAUUUGUCUGUUUCUACUUGGUAACUGUCAAUAAUGACAGCCUGUCAGUGUUGACAACUUUCAUGAGACCUGUUAAUCCCCAGGUAUCUCUAAAGUGUAUGCAUUAUUGUUUCUUCUUUUGUUGAGGAACUCACAUAUUGUGAUAUGCACUGUGACGGUAAGUACAAACACAGUAUGAUGUGAUAACGUAUUGUUUUGUUAGCCUUAUUUUUGUGUAUGUUAUAUCAAGCACUUGUACAGGACUUGGAAAGCUGUGGAUUCCCAAUUUCCACUGACAAGCUAUGAUAGAAGUGCAACUCUCAGGAAUCAUUUGAUAUGCAUGGAAAUCAUAUUUGAGAUUUACAUUCAGUUCAAUGUAAAAAAAAAAACACGUUUUACUGUAGUGUUACUGUAGUGACUCACCCCCCAGAUAUUAAACCAAACUUUUCUGUGAAAAUGCUGAUCGCGUCAUUUGAAAAGUGCAUAUUGCAUCGCAUCUGUUUACCAAUUCUUUUUUUUUUCUGAGAAUGAGGUAUUUCUCUAUUUUUGCACAUUGUUUCUAUGUGUGGUACAAGCCUCUUGCAAGGUUUCAGAUGGGUGUUCUGUUUACAAAUUAUGCAUACAUUGUAGAAUUUGAACUGAAAAUAGACAAGUCUAUAUGUACAUUGAUGUGGGGUUUAUAAACUCAUGAUGCCAGGCCUGUAGCAUAAUAAAAUGUUUGUGAUGAAUUGUAAAUUAAAGAACCAUUCUGAUUGGUUCCUGGUCGGUGGUUUGAACAAAGUGUGCAUGGAACAAUGAUCUUGAUUGGACAGGUGUGGCCAGCUGGUGUGUACUUGUAUCAAAAUGAACUUGGUGCCUCUUGCCAGGAAUUUAAAAUAAAACAGUAAUUAUACUCUCUAGGUGGUUUCAAACCGCCUCGAUCACAAGAAUCCCCGUUAAAUUACGAGAACAUUUUUAGGCUAAAAAAUACCCAUUAAUUAUUCCUGCAUUCAGACCGCCCCGAAACGUACACUUCGGGAUAAAUUCCUUAAGUUAGGAGCAUGCGCAGUAUGGUCUAAUAAGCAGGCAAGGCGCGAGAUUCAAAACUACUAGCCCAGCAGCCACCCACGGCGCCGCACCCAACGACACACUGGGCUAAAAGUUCCCGUAAUUUGCUUUCACAUCGCCAAAAUACCUGCGACCUUGGAAAAAUCCCAGCGAAAGUUUUCGUAAUUUCGCCAAGUACCUACUAUUUAGCGGGUAUUUUCUUUCGGGGAAAUUAGGCGUAGUUUGCUUUCACAUUACCAAAAUACCUGGUAUUUUCUGAUCAGGGUAAAUUUCCCGAUCAGAGAAUACCUGGAACUGACGAACUUCGAGGCGGUCUGAAACCACCUACUGUGAGAUGAUUGCAGUGACCUGAACAAAACACGGAAAAGAGGCUGUUGGCACUGUAUAAGAAUAUAUUUUGUUUUUGUUUUGUUAAUGAUGCUGCAGAGUUUAAAUUCGAUGUGCAAUGUAUUCAUAUUGGAGUGGCAUUUUUCCUUUACAAAGAAUAUGUGACUUGAUGUGGACAUUGAUGUACUCAAACUUGAAAUCAAGGGUGUAGUCUGGGGGGUGCACCCUCCUGCUGAGGCAGAGGAGUUCCAACACUGGCAAAAACAAAGCGAAAAUUGUACCCCAUCUUCUGUUUUCAACAGUUGAUUUUCCAAACUCCACCUCCCAAAAAUGUGCACCCUCCCAUACUGCUUUAGUUCCAUCUCCCCAUGCUCAAACCAGCCUACGCCCUUGAAAAUGAUAAAUUUGCUUGUCAUGAUAUGAGUAUGGCAUGUUUGUGUACAAAAUGUCAUCUCUUUGGGGUGUUGCAAGGAAUAUUUGCAAUCAAUUGCAAUUUUUUGUCAAAAUUUUACAAUUGAGAUGUCAGUGUUAGCUGUAGCGAUAAGCUUACACUCCUUGUAAUAAGCAGAUCAGCUAUCAGUUAUAAAUUUGUAAUUAAUUGCAAGAUCAUAUGUAUGAUUGAUUUGGGAUACCAACUACAUCUAGAUUUACUAUUGAUUAUUUUUUUUUGUAAUGCUCCAUUUGACAUACCGAAUCCUUAAAAUUAGGAUGGAAUUGUUUUGGGAGAAAAUUACGUGUGAUUACAUGUAAUUCAAUAUUGCCAGAGCUUUUUUGGAGCGAGAAGAAAUUUUGCCACAAUUUCAAGUAUUUUUAAACAAAACACUGUAAUUGUAUAAUGCAUCGGGUACUUAUACCUGCCUCAUGUUUUAAUUUCAUUUCCUUGCAAUACUUCAAGUUAAACAUAUACAGUGUUUUUUUGUUAUAUUACAUGUACUCGCCAAAUUGAAUAUUAUUUCAUAGCAUAAUAAUAAUAAUGAUGAUAUUAGAUGUUAAACUUUAUAAAGCGCAUAAUAUUCAAUAGAACCUCUAUAUAUGCUUUACAUACAAGUAAUUCAGUAUAGUUACUUAGAAUAAUAACAUAAUAACAUAAAAAGGGUAAAAACAAACAUUUUCUUAUGUUCAAAGAAGUACCUUCAUAAACAUUGUGAUUUAACAUGCGAACAAAUUUUUUUUUCAACAGUUUGUUUAGAGAAAGUGGGAAAUACAAGUGAUGGUAAAUAAAGUUUACAAUCCCCAAAUUACAUAGCCACUCACAGUAAGAAGGGAAAUCAUGGAAUUCAUGUAAAUUGUGAUUAUUAUAAUAAUAAAAGGACUGAUAACAGUCAGUGCUUGCAGUAA